AUGGGCGCAAACUUCUUCGGCCUCACGGGCAAGGCCCUGAGCGUUCUUCAGAUCGCCCUGAUCGUCUGUCCGUCGUUUAUUCUUUUCGGAUACAACCAGGCUGGUCUUGGUGGCUUGCUCACCACGGAGGACUGGACCAAGACCUUCCCUGAGAUCGAUACGGUUCACACCACCGGCUCCACCAAGAACAAGAACUCGACGCUUCAGGGCUUUGUCGUUGCGACUUUCACCAUUGGUGCUCUGAUCGGUUCCCUAUCAUGCUCCUGGUCCGGUGACAAGUUCGGCCGUCGAAACAUCAUCUUCUUCGCCGGUGUCUGCUCUCUUAUCGGCGAGGUCCUCGAGUGCUCUGCCUUCUCGCUCGCUCAGCUUAUCGUUGGCCGCGUUAUCGUCGGUCUGUCCAUCGGCCAGCUGUCCUCCAUCGUCCCAGUUUGGCAAUCCGAGACCUCUGGGGCCAAGAACCGUGGUAAACAUGUCGUCCUUACUGGUCUCUUCACUUGCGUCGGAUAUGUCCUUGAGAGCUGGAUCAACUUGGGUUUCUGGGAGUUCAAGACCGGCCCCGUCACCUGGCGUCCUCCUAUUGCCAUUGCCAUCUUCUUCUCCCUGGUUCUCAUGGGCAGCAUCUAUUUCCUCCCCGAGUCCCCUCGUUGGUUGGUCAUGAAGCAGAGAUCUGAGCAGGCUCGCGGUAUCAUCGCCGCUCUCCGUGGCCUCGACGAGAACUCCAUCGAGGUCCAGGCCGAGCUUGCUGGCAUUGAGCACUCCCUCGAGGAGACCACCCAGAACGCUGCCAAGCUUACCGACAUGCUCAAGAUGGGCGAUGACAAGCUUCUCUACCGCUUCGGCCUCUGCAUUCUCCUGCAGUUCUACCAGCAGAUGUCUGGCAGCAACCUCGUCUCUGUCUACGCGCCCAUCCUGUUCCAGCAGAACCUUGGCAUGAACAGCGAGUCCUCCCGCGCCCUUGCUGGAGGUGCUCUUACGUGGAAGUUCCUCUCUUCUUUCAUUGCCUUCUUCACCAUUGACCGCUUCGGUCGUCGCGCCGUCUUCAUCUUCAGCGGUUUCGGCAUGGCUGCCUGCAUGAUGUCUCUGGCCAUCACGACCUCUUUCCCCAAGGACAACAAGGCUGCCCAGAUUGCUGCCGGCUGCUUCAUCUACCUGUUCAACACCUUCGUGCCAAUUGGCUUCCUGGGCGCCAACUUCCUUUACUGCACUGAGGUUGCUCCCAUCCGACUCCGCAUGGCCAUGUCUUCCAUUUCCACCGCCAACCACUGGCUUUGGAACUUCAUCGUCGUCAUGGUUACCCCCGUUGCUCUUAACACCAUUGGCUACCAGUACUACAUUGUCUACGCCGUCAUCUCUGCUUGCAUCCCCAUCAGUGUCUACUUCCUCUUCCCUGAGACCAUGGGUCGCAACCUCGAGGAGAUCGACAUGCUCUUCCGCCAAUCGCCUUCCGUCUUCGCUACUGUGCGUUUCGCCAAGAACCGCCCCGUUGCGAUGCCCCAGGAGUUCGAAACCGAGAAGCCUGGCAACAAGGCCGACUACAUCGAGCAGAAGCCAGAAGACUCUUCUGCUUGA